AUGCAAGCACUCAAAUCCCAAGCAUCAACCCUGAUACCCCUACUCAGCAAUGAGGCUGAAUUGACAUAUCAUCUCCUAAAAUCUAACCUUGGGGCUGGAGUCCUUCUAUACCUAUCGGCCGCUUGCAUUCGGCUACUACCGCCACCAGACCUGUCAGCGUUCACCGUCUUCACCAAAAUCUUCUGUAUCUCAGUUAGCCACCAAUACUGCUGGGACAUAGUUAACCAGCUUACCUCUGUUGACGAAGACCGCAUCAAUAAGCCUGAAAGACCAAUCCCAGCCGGCCGUCUGACCGUUACUGGAGCAAAAUGGAGGUGGCUUAUCAGCUGGACUGUCUCUCCUGCUAUCUGCUACACCCUUCUUGGCGGCGGAGCCUUGAUCAUAUUUAUCUUGUCUGAGGCAUUGAUCUACAUAUGCUACGUAUGUCCCAGACUUGAUCACUGGACAUCUCGCAACACUUUCCCAGCCCUUUGGACAUUCCUUUCAUUCCGCCUUUUGAACUGCGUUGUCUGCGAAACAUACCCACAACUGUCGGCACAGCCAAUCGUGGAUGUGAUUCUCUCGCUAUGGGUUCUCGGAACUAUUCACAUUCAGGAAUUCCAUGAUGUCGAUGGCGAUCGGAAAAUGAGGCGCAAGACACUUCCUGUGAUUUUUUCAGAUGCAUCCUCUAUGAAGAUGCUGAGGGGCAUCACGGCUGGUUUGAUUGCUGUUAAUGGAUUACUUGUGAUCCUUUGGGGAUGGAUAAAGUGCCUUACGUCAUUCGACUUGAUGAGUGCUGGCCUGGUGCUUACGGGGAUGUUCCAUGUUCUUGGAGCGCUCGCUGUUGGUGUUCGUUGUGUUUAUGGGAAGUCGGCAGAUAUGGAUGAGAGGACGUAUAAAGUCUACUAUAUAUUGACUGCGUACUGGCUUGUGUACUUCUUGUCGUUGGUUAAUAUGUCAAUUACGAAGAAUGAGGUGGUGAGGAACAAAUGA